CCAGCGCGCUCCACAAAGUCUCGGCCGCCCGAAGAAAGUGAUUCAUCGCAGACGACUAAAGAAGCCAUUCCUUAUUUUCGGGGUUUUUUUUUCUGUGUCAACUCUAAUUUGAGGAAAUGUAAGCAAUGUAUUUCCCAAAUCCGCAAUGAUUUUGGGACUCAAGCAAAACAAGUGAUACGCCAUUCAAUUAUGUUAAGCGUCUCAACUACCUGCGAAAUCUGAUGUGAAUUGGAAACCAAUACGAGUGACUCGGAAUUUCCCGGAAUAACGGUGCAUCGCGCUGUCUCCAGCAGACAUUCUGGGAAUAUCAUGUGACAGCAGAGAGAUAUUUGAUUCAUUCUCUGAUUGGAAGGGAGUGGUGGAAUUCGUUUUUUUUUUAAAAAUCACUCGUCUUCAUAAAGUAGAGAUAGCUUUAGCGCCCUCUGUAGGGGAAAACUGGCAGUGAUAUAUUAUACAAGGAGAUACAUACAUAAGAUUGAAAAAGUAACAACUAUUUUGAUUAUGAGGUAAUUUGGUGAACGUCUCUCUGUAGCAAUGGAAGGAUGGACCAAAGUGGGUUGGAGAACAACAGGGCUGUUAAUUAUCUCCCUUGUUUUGCUGGACAUCGGAUUGUGUACCGAGUUUGGCCCCGAUUUGACUAAAAACAGUAGGGACCAACAGAUAACCUUAAUUCAGGAGAGGUUGUUGUGUGAGGGGCUUAUUGCCGAAGAGAGGAACAUGUCAACGUCUAACGAAUCCCAGUGUGUGAGGGUUUGGGACAACGUCAUGUGUUGGCCUCCCACCCCCGCGGGUCAGCUAGCCAUCCUACCCUGUCCAAGCCACAUCAGGAAUAUUGACACCUCCCAGAACGCCUCCCGUCAGUGUAUGGAGGACGGCACGUGGUUUGUUCAUCCGAAUCAUAGUUCCUGGACCAACUUCACCCAGUGUUAUUUAUCAGUAACAGGUGUCAAUAAACAUUCCUCAGUUCCGCCUUUGAUUGAGAGAUAUGCAGACUCUGUUCAGCUAAUGUACAACAUCGGGUAUGGGUUGUCUCUCGGGUCAUUAGUCAUAGCCGUAAUUAUCAUGGUCUAUUUCAAAAAGCUCCACUGUGCGCGCAACUUCAUCCACAUCAACCUCUUUGUGUCUUUCAUCCUGCGAGCAACCAUGACUAUCAUCAGAGACAAACUUCUAGUGAAGUUCGUGGGUUUCCCCAGUGACGUGAUAAAUGAAAAUGGCGUCAUUAGAUUUAGAGACGACGUCAUUCACUGGGAGUGUCGUAUGUUCUUCACCCUGUAUAACUACACCCUGGCCGCCAGCUAUAUGUGGAUCUUUGUGGAAGCCCUCUAUCUACAGAUACUCAUUUCCGUUUCCGUUUUCAUGGAGAGGAGCCGGACCAAGUGGUUCAUGCUUCUGGGAUGGUUAUUUCCACUGACUUUCAUUUUGCCAUGGGUGCUUGUUCGGAUUUUAAAGUAUAAUGAACUUUGUUGGAAUAUCAGCAAAAACAAUCUACUCAUGUUCAUCAUUUAUGGUCCAUCUGCAAUCACAGCACUGAUUCAGUUUAUCAUUUUCAUCAACAUCGUUCGAGUUUUAUUUACCAAACUUCAUGCAUCAGCCGGGCACCAGACAAACAGUUUCCGGUAUAGUCAUAUUGACGGUCACAUGAUCAGACGCUUGGCUAAAUCUAUCCUCAUCCUGAUUCCGCUGUUCGGCGUAUAUAACAUUAUCUUCAAUGUGAACUACGUGAUGACAAGCUUCAACUAUAUAGACGAGACCUCCAUGGCGUACUUCAUUCUAUGGUGGAUCGAAUUGUUCUUUAACUCGUUUCAGGGGUUCAUCCUCGCCAUGUUGUUUUGUUUCCUGAACGCUGAGGUACAAGCAGAAUUUAAAAAGGUUUGGCAUCGACAUACAACGGAUUGGACCGGAAGUGUUAGAACAACACGAACAUUUAUGUCACGCACGCGCAAUUCUGUGAAAAAUCCUUCGACUUCAAAUGGAAACGCGUCACCUCACAGUGACGUCAUCAGUAGUACAAAAAACGAACUCGAUUCAGAGUUAUUAGCUAUUUUUAAAAACGAACCAAACUGUGACAAUGAUAUCGAAAUCCGGACUGUCGACACAGAAUUAACUGAGGAGCAUUCUCCCUGCAUAAACAAUAACGAAUCAAUUUCCGAAAAAUGUGACGAGAAACUUUGACACUGUGACGCACACUUUCUUGUGGAAGUUUUGGACAUGCUUGUCAACCAUAGUACGACUUGACUACACAUGGAAAAGCAACUAAGUAUUAUCCAAUGUAGAAGCUUUUGAAACAACAUAAAUGGAAAAAGAAAGAUGGAAUUGGUUCCAUAUCGAUGUUUCCAAGGUUUUUCAAUCAUGUAUUUUUACUUGACAACAUUUUUCUUUGGUGUUUGAUUCAUGAUUCUGUUGGAAGUCCUUCAUUCGUGAAAAAAAACAUGAUAUCAAGAAAGAGUGGAUUUGGUGGUUAACUUGAUCAAAUAUAAAAACGUUGUUUUUGCCAGGAAAUGGAAACAAAUUACAUGAGAAAGUUAGACUUUAAAUUGUUUGUGUUUUACAUGUGUCUACAUGCAUGUCUACGUGAACUUGUCCGUACACUUGUUAUAUGGUGUGCAUUUUUUUUCUAUUAUGACGGUGGAGCUAGCGGAUGGUGAUGAUAUUUUAUGAGAACGGCGUUUAAUGCUUGUUGUUAGACAUUAUGUGAUGUAUGAACUUUUUCUUUAACAAUAGAAUAUACUUGUUUUUGUGUCUAUGUUUAUAAAUUAUGUAUUUCAACACCUCACAUCGAAAUUCAAUGAACAUUUGUAGAAUAAAAUGAAGUAAUCAAUAAUAUUUAGCCUUGCCGUUCAGACAACAUGAGUAAUAUAGCAAACACCAUAUACAUGUAAUACUGAGUUCAGCAACAAAUAAGUAUGUGAAACAACUACAUAUACAUAGCUGAUAGACGAUCGUUAAAUCAAAAUUCUAGAGCUCUCUGAAUCGUUAACUUUAACGAAACCUUACAAUAAGUUAUAAAGUCAUAGUAAAUAAAAAUCGUUAUUCUCUAUGUUCUCUAUGUACACUGACCCUUUAACUACUCAAAAAAGUAAGUAAUACCUCCACCCCAAACUGUUUAGGAUUGGGUGAGCUAUCCAGACUUCUCCCCUCCCCAUUGUUGGCACAUCCUGGGGUGUAAUAGCGCAGUAGCUGGGGGAGGGGUUCCGACCUUAUAUGAUAUAUUUUAUGAUAUGAUAUGAUUUAAUUUUAUGAGUAUUACGUCAUAAUUUCUGCAUACCGCGUAAUUCUACAAGUUGUACAAGAGGGAGGUGAAAACUUGUAUCAUUUUUAAAAUAAAGAUAUCGACUUUGUGUA